AUGACGUCAGAGGUACCGAAUGUCGCUUCAUCGAUGAUAACCAUUGUUUUGCUGCCAUGGCUAUCAAAGGCUUCUAAAAUGCCACCAAACAUUAUAUUCAUUCUUGCUGAUGAUCUGGGCUGGGAUGACGUGAGCUUUCACGGCUCGCCCCAAAUACCGACUCCAAACAUGGACGUCCUGGCCGCCGACGGGAUUAUUUUGAACAACUACUACGUGCAGCCUGUGUGCACUCCUUCACGAGCCGCUCUGAUGACGGGCCUCUACCCUAUCCACACCGGCAUGGAGACUUCAGUCAUACAAAUAGGCGAGCCAUGGGGACUGCCACUACGUCUCAGGCUGAUGCCUCAGUACUUGAAGGACCUCGGUUACCAAACGCACAUGAUUGGAAAGUGGCACCUUGGCUACUACACAGAACAGUACGUGCCCACUGCCCGCGGAUUCGACACCUUUUACGGCUACUACAAUGGCGAAGAAGACUACUACAACCACACCCUCCCUGUGCCGCAGUGGCACCUUGGCUACUACACGGAACAGUACGUGCCCACUGCCCGCGGAUUCGACACCUUUUACGGCUACUACAAUGGCGAAGAAGACUACUACAACCACACCCUCCCUGUGCCGCAGUGGCACCUUGGCUACUACACGGAACAGUACGUGCCCACUGCCCGCGGAUUCGACACCUUUUACGGCUACUACAAUGGCGAAGAAGACUACUACAACCACACCCUCCCUGUGCCGCAGAGCUCGCAAGUCGGCCUCGACUUCUGGCUCAACAAUGAGCCACUCAGGAAUGAGACGGGCCAGUAUUCGACCACGCUGUUCGGCAAACAAGCAGUCAAGUUGAUUCAGGAGCGGGAUCCGAAAAAGCCGCUAUUUCUAUACCUGUGUUACCAAGCGCCCCAUGGAGGCAUUCCAGUUGAUCUGCAAGCGCCAAGUGAGAACGUCGACAAAUUCCCCUACAUCGGAGAAAAGAACCGAACGAUAUUCGCAGGUAUGAUGGACGCAUUGGACCAGUCUGUGGGCAACGUCCUCGAGGCACUGCAGCAGGAGCGCAUGCUGGACAACUCGAUCAUAGUGUUCAGCAGCGACAAUGGAGGCUUGCCGUGGGGCAGCCACGCCAGCCGUGGCUUCAACUGGCCCUUGCGGGGCGCAAAGACCACCCUGUGGGAAGGAGGCACACGGGCAUCCGCAUUCAUCUGGUCGCCCCUAAUCAGCCGCAGUCGCAGGGUCUCGCACCAGCUCAUGCACAUCGUCGACUGGCUUCCCACGCUCUACAGAGCCGCUGGCGGAAAUCCGUCAAAGAUGAGGAACCUCGACGGCCACGAUAUGUGGCUGCACCUGUGUGCCGACCUGCCUCUCCCGCGUACAGAGAUGCUGUACAACAUCGAUCCAGUGGGCAGCACGGCGGCACUGCGCUACCGCGAUUACAAGCUGGUGCUGGGCGUCUCGUCCGGCGGAAUGUACGACCAGAGGUUCCAGACGCCCGGAAACUCUCGACCUUAUUCGGACCUGGACCGCCUGAUGGCAGAGUCUAAGGCAGCGCGCGUACUGCGAGAAUUCUACAACACGGGUGCCUUCCUCUUUCCCAGCCAGUGGCGCCAGAGGGCCACGCUCCACUGCGGCCCCACGAAAAUCUCGAACUUCGUGGGAGGUGACCCGCCCUACCUGUUCGACUUGUCCAGGGAUCCGUGCGAGCAGCACAACCUGGCACCUGACAACCGCGAGCUGCUGUCCGUGCUCAUUCGGAAACUGGCGAGCUAUGCCGUCACAUCGGUGGCGCCACGCAACAAGCCCGUAGACCGGAGGUCCUUCCCGCAGUAUCACAACGGUACCUGGGCACCUUGGGGGAACGUCGCAUCUAUUUAG